UCCCGUAGUGCACGUGACGGUCAGCUGAUUUCAACCGGAAGUUGAGUUUGAGGAAGCAGACAACCAAAACAACAAAAUCUUCACACACAAAACUUGACUUUUUGGAGUUAUUUAGAUCAUUAAUAAUGGAGUCGACCCUCGAACAGCAUCUCGAUGAUACCAUGAAGCAUCCAGCAGUGGUCGGAGUGCUCUGCACGGAUCAACAAGGACACAACCUGGGCUGCCGUGGCUCGCUGUCUGAUGAACACGGCGGUGUUGUGUCAGUUUUGGCCAAACAAGCUGCAGCUCUCACCAAAGACCCAACAGACAGUCCGACUGUGUGCCUGGAGUCUGAGUCAGGAAACAUUCUGGUGAGGACUCACGGGACCAUCACAGUAGCAGUUCACAAGAUAGCAUCUUGAAGACAACGCGACUCACUGAGGAGUUUUACUGUAAAGAAAUGUACAUGUAAACAGGUACAUACGUAUCAUCACACAAUGAAUUUAGAGAAAGAUCUCCAGUUUAGAGAAAUCUAGAUUUUCCACACGUCUGUUGUGUUUUCUGUGUAACCAGAUCCCAUAUUUAAACCACAACAUGCUCACUAAUUUAAUAAAAAAAACACUUUCUUUUAUAUAUAUAUAUAUAAAAAAUGUCAUUAAUGCUAUUUUAUUGAUGUCAUAUAGGCCCUGUAUCAUGUUAUUGCUUUGUGUCUUUGUGUUAACAUCCAUCCUUCAGUCCAAGGCAGUAAUGCACAGAAAAAACAGCCUUAAUAAACUUUAACUGGACUCUGA